AUGGUGGCUGGACUGCUGCUGCCCAGCCAAAAUGGCGAACCGCUGAUUUGGACGAAAAGCGGUGGCCUCUACCCGUUGGCCGAUGGAUGUCGCGAGGAUGCACGCCAAGCACUCGGGAAAUGGGUUGAUUUUUCUUCAGAGAAGGGUGUCGUCACCAGAUAUGAGGUUCAGAAGGGCGGCGGUGGUGGCUCGUGGCCGCUUCAAAUGAAUAACGGAAUAAUUGACAUGAAGACUCCAAUCAUCAUACCUGACCUGCAGCAAGAGCAGGCGAUUGGUUGGGAUCAGCCGUCAGUUUGGUCUACCGUCGUUGGCCGUGCGCCCAUCUCGCAGCACAUGCUUGAUAGGGUGAGGGCGGGUCCAUCGUUCCGGCCAAAUCAUGGACUUGAGGCUUGCCUACGCUGGAACCCUGAAUUGGAGAAGUUUAUUGUGCUCGAGGGUCAGAAGCUCAGCUACGCCCGUGAUGGCCGAAUUGAGCGGAUGCUGAAGGGGCAACUCGAGUUUGCGCCAUGGAAUCAAACCGGCCGCCAGGAUCGUGGUUGGAUCGAAGGCGUCACGACCCACCGCACCAACCACACGAUGUUCGUCGCCACAAAGCACGGCAACUUCAUCUUGACGGCGAACGCGAUUCGCCAUGGCCGGCUGGCGCCCGAUUUUGAUCUGCUGAUUCGUUGCCGUGUGUUCACCAACGAGAUGGGCCAAGAGGCGGCUGGCGAAGUUGCUGAAUAUGAAGUCUCGCCGCUCUCUGACGACCUCGCGUUGUACAGAAAUUACAGCGAUAAAUUUGCGACGUACAAAGCGAUUGCUGAGGUGUUGGAAGUGAAUGUCGAUGGCGCACUCCUUGAGCACCCGGUCCUUGGCCAGCUUCACGAUCGCGGAUUGAUCAAGGUGCGGGCGUUCAUCGAGCUGUCCUCGAGAAGGCGAAGGUCACGUGCUGAGCGUAAGAAACGAGAAGUCAGCCUGUCGGGCUCUCCGAUGGAAUACCUGUAUGGCUUCGUGAUCAACUCGACCAAGGAGUGGAUUUUCAUUGCGUUCCAGGAUGGCGUUGUCGGCGUUUGGAAUGCGACCAGCAAGAAGAUGAAUCCAGAGCCUCUGACGGCCGACGACUUUGUCUUUUGUGAAGUCGGUCCUCCCGAGCCCUUCCAGAACUCGGUACGACGGAAAAUUCUUGGCUUGAAAAAAGUGGAGUGGCCGCUCGACUUCUCCCGUCUGCCCAACCAAGGCCGGCCGGUGUCGCUGAUUGAAGCCCCGGCGAGGUUCGUCAAAUUCGUCGACUGGGACGGGCGUGAUGUGCCGACUUUCGCAAACGAAUACAUGCCUGUCAUCUACGAUUUUGACGGAGAAACGAUCUCUCAUUUGCCAAAGGAUACGAUGACACAGGAGUUGCGGGAUAUGGACUUUGUGCUUGGCGUUAGCCAUGUAACUUUGCCUAAACGACCCCUGGGCAACAGCGGCUGGCUGGUCCGCAAGCUGCUCGACCGCCGUGUCAUCGUGAGACAGCCCGAGCCGCGGCCUCUGUCUCGCAACCAUCGACAAGUCGAACGGCUUCCGGCUAAUCAGUCAUAUUACGAGCCGCGCGAUUAUCGCCCAACAUCAAGGAACAGUUUCGACGACGAAUUUGGAAAUGGUCCGGUGCUCGUCAGGACACCGCCUCCCGAACGAGAUCCAAACUAUCGUGAGCCCGAGCACGUUCCGAGGCAGCAUUCUCGUGUUGGUUAUCGCGAACAGCACAAUUACUCUCCGCAGCAAGUGCAAUUUGAUGACUCCUUCCGCUCAUAUCAACCGGGCCCUUCUACGCAGCGUGUUCGCCCCCAGUGGGAGAAAUACAGCACCGCGAAGCGGCAAUCGCCUGCGCUGGACGAGUCGCUUAGUGGCCAAAAUUCCGGUCACCUUGAUCAAUCGUUUACGCAGGCUCCUAAGCGACGGUAUCCGGCAUCAGAUGUCCCGGUUACUGGCGUUUGCAUCAAAGCCUGGGGCGGCUACCGUAUCGUCUGGCUGAGGGAUGGCCGACUGGCGCUCCUGGACACGAAAAAGAAGCCGACCGAGCUGGGCAGCUUUAUCACGGGCUUGAUCGAGAGGCUCGGAAAGCCGAUGUACGACAAGCGGAUGCGCUACGACUGGCAGGUGAAUGGAUUCUGGCCCUGCGAGGAGGCGUACGACGUCGAGCCGCUGACUGACGGCCAAUGGGCUAGGUUCGUUUGCCCCAAGGCGCGAGUGCUGGAAUAUCGGCCAUUCGAGGACAAGCGCGUUGUCGUGCUGGACGAUGUGUUCUUUGGCGAAUUUUUGGACAGGGAUGAUGUUUUGGAGAAGCUCGAGCCGGCGCCGGACGACGAAAUCGAGGUGACCAUCAGGGCGGAGAUAACUUCCGAAACCACGAUCGAUUGGGUUGUCGAAAGUCAAGAAGCGGAACCGCACGGAAAUGACAAGCCCUCGGAGUUGGCCGAGAAAAAGCCAGAGAUCAUCACCAAAUCCACCGUCGCUGCGCUGCCAAUUCCGGAUGUCGUGCCCGGCGCCAAGCAUGAUUUGCGACGGGACUCCGAGUCUGACUACGGCAUAUCCUCAAACAGUUCGCAGUCCGGCGAGGCCAUGCCUGAGAUGACCCACCGCGAGCUGGUGAUCGCCAUGUUGAAUAACUCGAGGGUGAAAGAAGCCAUCCAGAGGCGUCAACCGGAAGCCCUCGAAAAGGCACAAGCGCUCCUCCGCUCGAACACUGACCAA